ACUUUCCGUCUGGUUGAAGGUGUUUGGACGCCAUUGUGUAUAAAUACAGCUGAUCGCACCGAUCUUCGUUACACUUUGCUGUUGAAUUCUCGCUUGUCAACAGCAAAUAGCGCUCUGCUGGAACACCGAAAAUGACAACCUUCCGGUACGUUUGGCUAGCUUGCCUCGGAGCGUUCGUCAUCAUCAUCUCCACAGCCACAGCCGCUCGCCGACCCACAACCGUCGUGUCCGACGUCUGCUCGACCUCGUUCACCGACGGGCCGUUUGAAACGCGGGACGCGUACCGUCGGCGUGUGCGCGAUCCAAACAAACACAUCUCGGCCCGGCUCGUGCGCUACCUCACGUUCGGUGGCAUUCUGCAAGCGAUUGCGGAGAAAACGAACCUUCCCCGGGACGGGCUGGUAGCUGGCGGCGCAAGCCAGUUUCAGGAUCAGCACAGCGGCCUGGGCCGAACCGUCCACGCGGCCCACAUCAUUCGCGUCGGCACGAUCGAUAAGCGCCUGGGCAGGCAGGACUCGGCGCUGCACACAGCGCUGACCAACUACAUUGGCCACACGCAGAACGUGCUGCGGGCGGCAAACGCGUGGCACGGUGUCGGCGGCGCAAUAGAUCGCUUUCAGUCGGACAAUCUGGACGCGCUGGGCAGGAUCGAUUUUAACGCCCCGUUCGAUCGGGACCAGCGCAUUGCGGUGGAGCAGCUGACCGAACGUUUCCGGGACGUGAUUAGCGCUUACGUUCGGGAUGGAACGCACGAGGAGAGCGACAGGCAGAUACUGGAUGAGGAUAAGAUGAUAGUGAACUGCAUGCUGCCGCUGAUGCUGUUCGAGGAAGGCAAGGCCGGGUACGAUCUGGUGACGAGCGGAGACUUUGUGGCGCACUAUGGUAGAACGAGCAGUAAACGUUGAAUUUGUACCAGCAAAGGAACGCAUUAAACGACACUGAAAUAAUUGCACGAGCUGCAAAACAGACCGCAA